AUGGUUUGUAGUAGCUGCAGAGAAAAAAACUAUGACAAAUUUGACAGCGAUAUGACUCUGAGUAUUGGAAAGAAAGAUUGCAGAAGCUUAAUUUGGAGGAUAAGAGCAGCUGUGAAGAAGGCAAUGAAGAUGGGAAUUAAGAGAAGGCAUUUCAAUUUUCAAUAUGAUCCUCACAGUUAUGCCUUGAAUUUUGAUGAUGGUUGCCAACAUGAAAUUUUGGGGCCGCCAAUGGAAUUUCUCCAACUUCAGGGGCAUCCAGGAAAGACCAUUUGGGUUUAUGUUCUGUGGGGAAGAACAAUUUCAGGUGCAGAAGUUAUCAGCUUGAUUGUUGAGGGAGCUGCUUGCAAUUUUUGA